UGAGUGGGGGGGGGGGUUGGAUUCCUAAAUGAGCAGGGAGCAUAUAUACACGUUGACGUACUGUAUAAAAAUAUUCCUAUUUUUCUUUAUGAGGUUUUUAAUUAUUGCUUAACUGUGUAAUUGUAUACAUAUUGUAUGCAAUAAAUAAUAAACACAAUUAUUUAUACAAAGCAUGCUAUAACUAAAGCAAGUUAGUUUGCAUAGCUAAAUGCUUAGGUGCAGGUGUUGUUGGUUGUAGUUUUUAAGCGAUAUUAUUCUGAUUGUUAUGUUUAAUAGUCUUUAACUAGUCUUACUCCUGACUUUUGUUUAACCUGUUUUUCUAAUGAUCUUCUUUCAUACCUAUUAAAAUGGUAAUAGGUAGUAUAUAUAAUAUAUAGUUAUGUUCUUCUUUAAUAACACAGUAAAAAAGUGUGCAGUUCAGUGUUCAGUUUUUAUAAAAAUUAAAUAAAAAGAGCUGAAGAGAAAAUGACACCUCCAUUUACAUUUGAAGAAUGGUUGAAAGGCAACAAGCUUAAAGAUUGGCCUUUAGAUCCUGAAGACGAAAAUGAUAAUACCAUCAUCACUGCAGACUUCAUUGGUUUAGGGUCAAAAGAAGAUAUACGCAAUGAAUUAAAGAAAAAAGCACCAUUUCAAAGUGCCAUUUUGGAUGAUGUCUUAAAAGAAGUCAAUUCCUUUGAAGAAAAAUUAAAAGAAUAUGCAACAUUUUUUUUUGAUAAAAGAACAACCAAGGCUGACGCUCCUCAAAGUAAUGAAAAAUAUAGGGCUUCGUUUGAUUUAGUCGUAGAGCAACACCAUAUCAAGUCAAACACAUCAACAAUUAAAAAACUGUUUAAUACCAAACUGAAGAAUAUAGAGAAUGCUGUUUUUCCUGGAUUUUUUCUUCACGAGCUUACACCAUUGCCUGGCGCAGUUGAAGCACCACAACUUUUAAACUACGUGACAAAACUUCAAAACUUUUCUUCUAUAUACAAGAAAACAUGGAAAAGAUAUUUCUUAUCAGAAGCUUCUGUUGCCAUAUUGCAGGAUGCAUUUUGGUGGAUUUUUCUAGAAAAAACAAGAAAGGAUAAGGAAUGUUACGCACAAGCUCAGCUGUUUAAUCGACUCUCAAAAAGUUUUGCCAGUUUGUUUAUCAGCAUUUCGUAUGAAGAGAAAGAUCAAUUUUUUCAGUAUUAUCCAGAUUGUUUGAGUCAAGCAAUUUAUUCUGCAUUUUGUGCUGGAUUUCCAACUUCAUCACAAAUACAAUUUAAUGAAAAAUUUCGAGAAAAACUUUUACAUUUGAUUUAUGAGUGGGUUGCAGGUGCUUCUCCACAUGUUACUGGAUUGUUAGCAUUGUGGGAUUUGGAAGCAUUGGAGAGUAACAAAAGUAAAGAAGAUUCCGAUGAUAUAAACCAUAUGCUAAAAUCCAGAUUAUCAUUUAACGAGGAAACGUUUUUGCAAACAUCUCCAAGGAAUGUUGAUGAAGAGAAUGUUGGAGCAGUAGCAAGCCCAAGGCGUUGCACACAAGAUUCAACGUCUCAUACCUCGGGUCCGGGUCCUGAGUAUGAAAGAAUCGCCUUCAAUAUUUAUGGCCGCAGUCCGUUCAUUAUGCAUUACUUGGCGUCAAAAGAUUUGCAUCAUGAAAAUGAAGUACCACAAAAGCUGGUCACAAGAACUCAAAUAAACGAAACGAAAGUAAACGAUGAACCGACGUAUAAAGAAUUGAUUCAAGGUCAUAGAUUGAAAUCCACCGGACGGAAGAAAAAGUUUCAUAAAAUGACGUCACAAGUUGCAAAAGAUUGUCAGCUAAUAGAUCAGCAGAAGAAGAAAGAUUUGAAAACCAUGGUCAGAGCACAAGAAGAGUUGAUGACGAAACAUUUUGACAUCAAAAUUUUAAGCGAGAAUAUUCUAGAUAGGAUGAUUUUUAGAAAUUUAACUACCUCCACUGAAGAACAACAAGAAGAAUGAAACAAACAGAUCAUGCACCAAAAAUGUAAAAAAAUUUCCCAUCGCGUUUUUUUAUAAAGCGACCAAGGUCGAGGUUUGUGUUUGAGUAACUAUAGUUCGACUGAAAGUUUGAAAAGUAAAUUACCGAGGCUUAAUCUGGAUAAUCUAACAAAAAAUCCAAUACGUUAAUUUUAUCCCCCUGAUUUUCCUGGAUAUGUAAACUUUAUCAGUCCUACAUAAAAACCCACAGAUGCGAAAUAUUUGCGAAAAUUAUUUCUCGCAUGUUAUCUUUUGUGAAGCAGUACUUUUAAAGCUUACCUUCGGUGAAGAAUCAAGUUAUUUGAGUGAGUGUUGAUUUAAAAGUUUAUAUAUAGGGUUAAAAUGUUUUUUGUUUUUGGCGUUUUGAACGUUUGUUACAAAUUUUUGCGGAAAGAAAAUUUUGCCUUUUUUUUGAAAAUAUGCGAAAUUAAAUUCCGCAAAAAUGAAACUGAUUGUGC